AUGCAGUUUACUCUUGUAGUUGCCAUUAUUUCAUUACUAUAUACUGUAAAUAAUGGUUUGGAUAUUGAUACGUGGGCAAGUGAAAUUGAAAAAUUGAGUAUGGAUGAAAAAUUUGUUGAAGAAUAUUAUAAAUGGUCAUUUGGUUUGUUUUCACAGCCGGACUAUUUGUACGGGGCAAAAACAAAUUUUCCGUGUAACAUAUCACUCUCUAAUAUUACAGCAACAACAGUUCAUCAACUUCGUCCAUCGGAUGUAAAAUGUAUUGGUGCAAUGGGUGAUUCUCUCACUGCUGCCUUAGGUGCUCAUGCAAUAGCCGUAAGUGGUUUAUUAAUAGAAAAUCGUGGUCUAUCAUGGUCAGUGGGUGGCGAUCAUACUAUUGAGAAAGUCCUAACAUUGCCCAAUAUAAUCAAAAAUUAUAAUCCAAAUUUAGAGGGAUAUUCAACAAAAUUUUCGAUCAUAGUUGGUAAAGGACAGAAUAGUUCGAAUAAUGGAUUUAACGUGGCUAAAUCUGGUGAUCGUUCCGAACACAUGCCAUAUCAAGCGCAAUUACUCAUUGAACGUAUGAGAACAGACCAAAAGUGUAAUUUUGAAAGUGAUUGGAAAGUAGUUACAUUUUUUAUUGGUGGGAAUGAUUUGUGUGAGUUUUGCAAGAAUAUCACGCAUGACCAUUCACCAGAACAAUAUAUGGACUAUGUUCGUGAGACCCUCGAUAUUUUGCAUUCAACAAUGACUCGGACGUUUGUCAAUUUAGUUUUGGUAUUAGACGUUCGUGGAGUCAAAGAGUUAAAUUCUGGUGGAUUUGUUUGUCAAACAUUGCAUAAAAAAACUUGCCCAUGUGCUGCCUUUCCUACACCUGAACAAGCAAAAAUUUUAGAUGAUUACAUACCUCGAUAUCAUGACGUAUUAACGGCUUUAGUUAAUAGCGGACGUUAUGAACGUGAUGAUUUCACCGUUGUUAUACAACCAUUUUUAUCCGACACAAAAUUACCACGUCUAGAUAAACCUGGUCAUCCAAUUGAUUUUAGCUAUUUUGCACCUGACUGCUUCCAUUUUAGUGGAAAAGGUCAUUCAGUAGCGGCACUGUCUCUAUGGAAUAAUAUGUUAGAACCUGUUGGACAAAAGCAAACAUUUUGGCAUAUUGGUGAAGCAUUAGAAUGUCCAACAGACGAGCGACCUUAUUUUUUUACGUCUAAUAAUAGUGUUGGUGUCGGACCUAAACCGAAAAAGACAUCAGUACCACCUGUUGUUGCAUCAACGAUCUUUUCCCGACGAACAACAAAUGGCAGAUCAACACCAAAUGAUAGAUCAACAGAAAAUCAACAAUCAUUCACGGUAUCACCUAGUAAAAUUCAAUCGCAUCACGGACAUCGUAAACCUACUGAUGACAACGAGGACUCUUCAUCAUUUUUUUAUAAAAGAAAGUUGACAUUUGUCGCUGGAAUUGGUCUUGUUGCAAUGUUUAUCCUGAUUCUUGCCUAUGCAAUUCGAAGACGAGAAAAUAUUAAUUUAUUUGUCAAUCGACGACAUGUUGGUAUGACAAGACCAUCGAAAUUUGAUGACGAUGAUGAGGUCGAUAUUUGGUCACGACCACCAUCAUCCGACAAAACUGUUCCAAUGAUACAUGCGCGAUUUUCAUAG